UGUGGGGGAACAGACCUGCACUGACCCCCCUCUGUGCCCAGCCGGGGGGACUUUCUCCGGGGGCUGGAACCAGCCCGUGGGGCAGCCCCGGGCUCUGCCGACACCAGCCCCUGAGCCGGAGCCUGCAGAUCUCUCCGAUGGAGCCAGGGGAGGAGCUGGGCCCCUUGGAUGAAGAGGAAGGGGAGAUCCUGAGAGGACCCUGCGCAGCAGAGGAUAGGAUAGUGAAGAUAAAGGAGGAGAAUUGCCUGCGGGAAGCGGAAGCAGAUGGGAGGCUAUUGGGAAGAUCCGAAGGGAGCAUUUCUCCAAGUCCCGAGAAGGUGACUACCUACGAGAGUCAAUGCAGUUCAAAAGAUCUGGGGAAAAUUCCCGUAGAGGGGUCAUAUGGUAAAGCCAGUACCACAGGCAGAGCUCUCAGGAAAUCUAAAAGUAUAAAAGUCCAUCAGAGAAUCCACAUGGGAGAGAAACCCUAUAACUGUCUUGAGUGUGGGAAAAUCUUCAAUCGAAGGUCAUUUCUUAUUACGCAUCAGAGAAUUCACACUGGAGAGAAGCCCUAUAAAUGCCCCGAAUGUGGGAAAAGCUUCACUGUGAGAUCAACCCUUAUUAAACAUAAAAGAAUCCACACAGGAGAGAAACCCUAUAAGUGCCCCGACUGCGGGAAAAGCUUCCGUCUGAGCUCGACCCUUUGUACCCAUCGGAAAAUCCAUACAGGAGAGAAACCCUAUGAGUGCCUCAAAUGUGGGAAAAAAUUCCGAGUGAGCUCUUAUCUUCUUGCACACGAGGCCACCCACAUGGUGGACAACCCUUACAAAUGCCCCGACUGUGGGAAAAACUUUAGUGUGAGUAGAGACCUCCUUGUGCAUCAGAGAAUCCACACGGGAGAGAGACCCUUUAAGUGCCCUGUGUGUGGGAAAAGCUUCAAUCGGAGAUCGAUCCUGAUUGUACAUCAGAGAGUCCACACUGGAGAGAAGCCCUAUAAAUGCCCUGACUGCGGGAAAAGCUUCAGUGUGAGCUCAGACCUCACAGCACAUCAGAGAAUCCACACAGGAGAAAAGCCCUAUAAAUGCUUUGAUUGCGGGAAUAGCUUUCGUCUGAGCUCCCACCUUACCAGACAUCAGAGGAGCCAUACUGGAGAGAGACCCUAUAAAUGCCUGGUCUGUGGGGAAAGCUUCAGUGACUGCUCAGGCCUUAUUAAACAUAAGAGAAUGCACACUGGAGAGAAACGAAGGCCAGCGCCUGUUGCACAUCAGGGAACUAACACGGCAGCAGCACCUUAUAAAUGCCCUGACUGUGGGAAAAACUUUAGUUUGAAUUCAGCCCUUGUUAAACACCAGAGAAUCCACACAGGAGAGAAACCCUAUAAGUGCCCCGAGUGCGGGAAAAGUUUCAGUCAUUGCUCAGCCCUUAUGAAACAUCAGAGAAUCCAUACAGGAGAGAAACCCUUUAAAUGCCUGGACUGCGGGAAAAGGUACAAUGACAGCUCAACCCUCCGGAGACACCGGCGAAUCCACUCAGAAGACAGGCCCUAUAAAUGCCCUGACUGUGGGGAACGAUUCAGUGUGACCUCAGGCCUUAUUAGACACCAGAAAAGCCACACUGAGGAGAGACCUUUUAAAUGUAGUGAGUGCGGGAAAAGCUUCCAGUCAAACUCACUUCUUAAAACACAUCAGAGGAUCCAUACGGGAGAAAAACCCUAUAAAUGCCCCGAGUGUGGGAAAAGCUUCCGUCAGAGCUCCCACCUCAUAAGGCAUCAGAAAAUCCACACGGGAAGGAAACAUUUCAUGUCUGGAUUCUCUUCCCCAGCAGGUGAUGGGAUGGUGAGUGAGAACCAGGAAGAGAAUCCACAGCAGGAAGGUCCUGAGCAAGUGGGACCAUGUGGGACAGUAUUGGGAAGAUCCAAAGGGGACGUUUCCUUGAGUCCUGAGCAAGAAGAAGGCCGUGAGACUCAGCGCAGGUCAGAGAGGCAGAAGAGCAACCAGCAAAGGAAGAGACAGGAUGAAUCCACUUGCCAAGCGAGAAGUUUGGAGGAUCCUAGUGAAAUCAUGGUCCAACAACGAGUCCAUAUGAAAGAGAAACUGUAUAACUGCCCUGAGUGUGGGAAAAGCUUUGCUCAGAUAUCAAACCUCCUGGUACAUCAGAGAAUCCAUACGAGGGAGAGGCCCUAUAAAUGCCCUGACUGCGGGGAAAGCUUCACGAGGAACUCAGACAUUAUUUCCCAUCGCUCAGUCCACACAGGAGACAGGCCCUAUAGCUGCCUUGAGUGUGGAAAAUGUUUUGCUAAUUUCUCAUCCCUUAUUUCACAUAGACGAAUCCACACGGGGGAGAGACCCUAUACGUGCCCCGACUGCGGGAAGAGCUUCAAGCGGAGCUCAGACCUUAGUAAACAUCGGAGACUCCACACAGGAGAGACGCCCUAUAAAUGCCCUGAGUGUGGGAAAAGUUUCACUCAAAGCUCAAACCUGGUUUCGCACCAGAGAAUCCACACAGGAGAGACACCCUAUAAAUGCCCCGAGUGUGGGAAAAGCUUCAAACAAAGAUUCAGCCUCAUCGUACAUCAGAGAAUCCACAUCGGAGAGAGAUCCUAUAAAUGCCCCGACUGCGGGAAAAGGUUUAGUAACAGCUCCCAACUUAUUAGACAUCGACGAAUCCACACAGGAGAGAAGCCCUAUAACUGCUCUGAAUGUGGGAAAAGCUUCAGUCAGAGCUGGGGAGUUCUUAGACAUCAGAGAAUCCAUUCAGCAGAGACACCCUAUAAAUGUUCUGUCUGUGGGAAAAGCUACAAGGGGAAGGAUUCGCUGAAGUCCCAUCAGAAAGUGCACACACCCGAGCUGUUUGAAGUUGUUGCUGCCUCCAUUGUGAGCCGGGAGCCCGGGCUGAGCCGCUGCUGCUCCCCAGCGGGGUGUGUUCGGGGAGAGACCUGCAUUAACCCCCCCCCCCCUCUGCGCCCAGCCGGGGGCACUUUCUGCGGGGGCUGGAACCAGCCCCUGGGACAGGCCCGGGCUCUGCCGACACCAGCCCCUGAGCCGGAGCCUGCAGAUUUUCCAAUUCCCAAGCCCAACAUGAUCUCCUGGAGGAAACGGAGAAAAGAGCUGUGGGUCCCAGACUUUCAGAACUCUGAGGAAAGUGUGACCCUGAGGAACACCCUCACAGGGACUGACUCCUGUCUGGAUUCUCUCUCUUGCCCAGCAGGUGAUGGGAUGAUGAGUAAGAUUAAGGAGGAAAAUCCUCAGCAGGAAGGUCCUGAGGAAGUGGAACCACACGGGACGCUAUUGGGAAGAUCCAAAGGAAAUGUUUCCCAGAGACCCAAGCAAGGAGAAGCCUGUGGGAGUCAGCGCAAGUCAGAAAGGCAGAAGGGAAACCAGACAAAGAAGAGACGGGCUGAAUCCACUCAUCCAGGAGGAGGUUUGGAGGAUCCUAAAGAGACCAUGAUCCAGCCGAAGAUCCACAUUAAAAAGAAAUCGUAUAACUGCCCUGAGUGUGGGAAAAGCUUCACUCAGACAUCAAAUCUUAUUAUACAUGAGAGAAUCCACACAGGGCAGAGACCCUAUAAAUGCCUUGAGUGUGGGAAAAGCUUCAGACAGAAAUCAGACCUCAGUAAACAUCAGCGAAUCCACACGGGAGAGACCCCUUAUAAAUGCCCCGACUGCGGGAAAAGCUUUAAGCAAAGAUUCAGCCUCAUCGUACAUCACCGAAGUCACACUGGAGAGACCCCUUAUAAAUGCAAUGACUGCGGGAAAGGCUUCACCCAGAGCACCAACCUGGUUUCGCACCAGAGGAUCCACACGGGAGAGACACCCUAUAAAUGCGCCGACUGUGGGAAGAGCUUCAAGCAAAGAUUCAGCCUCAUCGUACACCAGAGAAACCACACUGGAGAGAGAGCCUAUAAAUGCGCAGACUGCGGGAAAAGCUUCAAGCAGAGCUCAGAGCUCAUUUCGCACCAGAGAAUCCACGUGGGAGAGAGGCCCUUCAAAUGCACGGAGUGUGGGAAAAACUUCAGUCAGAGCUCAGGCCUGAUUAGACAUCGGAGAACCCACACGGGAGAGAAACCCUACAAGUGCAUCGAUUGUGGGAAAGGCUUCAGUCAGAGCUCGGGACUUAUUAGGCAUCGGAGAACCCACACAGGGCAGAAACCCUAUGACUGCCCUGAGUGCGGGAAAAGCUUCACUCAGAGCUCAGCCCUUAUCGUACAUCAGAGAGUCCACACAGGAGAGGCACCCUAUCGAUGUUCUGUCUGUGGGAAAAGCUACAAGGUGAAGGACUCCCUCAUUUCCCACCAGAAACUCCACACAGGAUAGGAGGCAAAGGGAGCCCUCACAGCGGGGCAAUGUGUUUGUGCCCUCCUGAAGCAAAGUAUAAACUUGCUUCCUUUGAGGAUAGUCUUGGGAGAGGAGCAAGGUGGGAGGGGGUGGAGCAUAGGCACCAACUCCAUGGGUACUCCAGGGCUGGAGCACCCACGGAAAAAAAAU